AUGACAUUGCAAUUUGCAGAUGCCAUCACUAUGACAGACAUUUAUGACUUCUUGGUCGACAUUAUUCCUAGGGAUGAGAUGAAGGAGGACGGAGUUGGGCUUCCUAGGGCACCCAUGGGUGCCCCAGCAGAUGCAUAUCCAUACUACCACAUGCCACAGCAGCAGGUACCUGGUCCUGGAAUGGUUUAUGGGCUAUAUGCAGAAGCUGAUAAGAAAGCGCUGGAGGAUGGAGCUAAUCUCAUGCUGAAGCUAGCAGUGGACAUUCUCAUCAACAAGAAACCCAAGCUGGAGAUCCAGGAGAAUGGAAAUCCAGAUGCUCAGGACGGCGAUCAGCCCGACGGAUGGAAAGCGUCUUAA